UGGAUCUCAAGUUUUCAUUAGGAAACUGCUGGGCGCUACCAAACCAGAGAGAGAGAGAGCGAGCAGGCAGGGAGGGAGACUGUGAACACGGCAAAGACGAAGAGAGAGGAGGAAGAGGAAACAUUUGUCUGUUUUAGGAUCUUUUUCUCACUUUUUGCUCAUUUCUUUGGGUCCGGUGUUGAGCUUCACCAUGCCCCGCCCCUCCUUAUCCUUAUUUGGACUCAUCUUCCUUUUGAUUGGCUACACUGCAGCAGGACCUGAGCCUGACAUCCUGCCUCGAGCGGCGCGCUCAAGUGCUUGUCAGGAGCACAUGAGCCUCCACAACCGCCUGGAUGUCGUAGAGAAGAAAGUGGAGGAUACAGUAGAGAAGUUAGACGUGGAGUUGACUGCGCUGCUGGAGGCCGUUGAGGAUCCGAAGUGGCGCCCUCUGCUGGACAACGCCGGGCAGACAGCUGUGGAUAUACUGGAGGAUCCUGUGCACAAAAACUAACAACACAGGGCUCCUGGACUUGGACUUUGACAGAUUUAAAGUGUUUUAGGAGUGCAUUAUCCACAUCUGUAUAUUAAAACAAAGAUAUAUUUUUUGAAUAAAGGGCACAGGGUUAUAGUGUGUGUGAUUUAUCCUUAAACAGCUCCACCCCCUUUCCAAGUCAUACUAGGGCAGAGCGAUAUAGAGGACAGAAUAACCACCAUUAUAUUUUUUAUAUUGAUCAGUAUUAAUCAGCUGUUUUGAUUUGCUCAUGCUGUCAGAUUGAGGGUUUGCUGAUCACAGCCUGAAAAACUCAAACUGUUCCUAAGUUUCUAUAUUUGAAAUGCACUAAAGAGCUUCAUUUGCACAUAAAUAGUAUUUCAUAGGUACCUUUCAUGAUUUAUAAUUUUAUAAACUACUCAAAAGCUGUUUUUUACUCAAUAUCCACUAUGUUGGUCAAAAGUAUUUGGCCCCUGACUCUAUUACACACACAGGUACUGUAAUCACAUUGUAUUCAAGUACAUGUAUAUUGAGCAUCAACAUCGAGUGGCAAUGACCGAUUAAACUGAUUGUUUGGAUAUUGAUCUUUGUUUCAGAGAUAAUUAUGAUUGAUGCUGCUUUAUCAAUUAAUUUUCAUGAUGGGUAUAAAUCUGCAAGUUCAACAUUUUUCCUUACAAAAACUGUAUUUUGUGUAUAAUAUUGUGCUGGUUUCACUUUUUCACUUCCUCUUUUUCACUUUGUUUUCAAUUUUCAUUAAAAAGGCGUAUUAUACUGUA